AUGGCAUUUAAGGGUUUGGUCGUGCUCCUGACGGGUGCCUCUAUGGGCAUAGGGGAAUCCAUUGCGAACAAACUGGCUGAAGAGGGAGCGAGUCUUGUGCUUUUAUCGCGCUCAGAGGACAAGCUUGCGCAGCUCACCAAAAGGCUGCAGGGCAUAAAUUCUAGCGGCAAAGUGAUAUAUCGAGCAGUAGAUAUUGGAGACUAUGCAUCAGUUGAUAGUGCUGUGGCAUCGGCUAUUGAAGAUAUGGGUGCAUUGGACAUACUCAUCAAUAAUGCCGGCCUAGCACUGGGGGCUCCGGCGCGCUUUCCUGACCUGAAGAUAUCAGAUGUGUCCACCAUGAACAACACUAAUAUCAACGGAAUGAUGUUUGUAACUCACUCAGUAUUGAACAGAUCUAUGAUGCCGCACAAGGCAGGCACGAUUCUUAACAUCACCUCCAUCACUGGACUGGAAGUUCCACCGUUCCCUGGCGAAGCUGUAUACCACGCAAACAAAGCUUGUCAGGAAGCAUUCUCCAAUUCCUUACGGAAUGAGUUGAGCGAAACUAAUAUUCGAGUCCUUGUACUCCGCCCCGGAUGUGUUGCAACGAAUUUCCAUUCCCUACGUGUUGGACACGUUAAGGAGAAGUAUGAUAAGUUUUUCGAGGGGUUUAAGCCCUUGGAAGCAGAAAAUAUUGCUACAUCAGCAGUAUAUAUGCUCCAACAACCAAUGAAUGUGUCGAUCAAGGCAAUGGAUGUUGUUCCUUCAGCUCAACGAUCGAUUGUCGUAUUUGACCGCACAUGGAGCAAAAGAAAUGCGUAA